AUGACUAGAGUAGCACAAAUAAUAAAUAUACCAACAAUAAGGAGUUCAAUGAAUAUAUAUAGAAAAUUUAUUAGAUUAUCAUAUCAAUUUCCAAAACAGGUACAAUAUAAGAUAAGAUUAAAUACAAAAGAAGCGUUUAUAUUAAAUAAAGUAUUUUUAGAUCAAGGUUCAUUUAAUCAAAAGAAUAUAAAAUCUCUAAUUGAAAAAUCUAAUGAUUUACUACAUAUUUUAUCAACACUUCCAAAAUCAAAUAAACCAUUGUUUUUAAAACUAUUUAGUGAUAAUCUUAAUGUUAGAGAAACUGUAAAACAAUAA